AGUUUCCGCCCACGUGACUUUCAGUGAAGUCCCUUGAAGCUUCCGAGAACCCACACCAGCUAAAGGGAGAGGCGAAGCGGCGCGCGAGAUGCAUUGCUCUGAAGGCCGAGGGACGUAACUGCUGACAGGCGCGGUGGGAGAAGGGAAGAGAAAGUGACCGGCCGGCUCAGAGGACGCCGAAAGAAAAGGAGAGAAAGUGUCCAGUUUAAAGGAAAAGGCGGGCAAAGACCGCGAAGGCCAGAAGGAAGAAGGAAAGGGAGUCGACAGGCAGGGGGUGCUGCGAGCCAUGCCCCAUAGCUCUGACAGCAGUGACUCCAGCAGCUUCAGCCAGUCCUCUUCAUCCAGCAAACAGGACUCUUCUGAUGAAAUGAGGAAAGUACAAAGAAGAGAAAAGAAUCGCAUCGCAGCUCAGAAGAGUCGGCAGAGACAGACAGAGAAAGCAGAUCACCUGCACUUGGAGAGUGAAGACUUGGAGAGACAGAAUGCGGCUUUGCGGCGAGAAAUCAAACAUCUAACAGAGGAACUGAAGCAUUUUUCCACAGUGUUGAAUUCCCAUGAGACUCAUUGCUCGAUUCUCCAGACACAACCUCCAGGGCCUUCAGAGGUGCUUUUUACCCCACUUGCUUUUCCUCAGAGCCAUAUCAGCUCAUCUUGUUUCCAGCACUGAUAUCAAUACUUGGAUUGAAAAAAAAGCUUGGAUUCCAUGCCUAGAACAAUGAGAUGAGGUUUCUGCCUUGGACAGCUCAGAAUAUCUAGCAGAUGCUCUGCCUAGCAGAAUGUGGAGUCAAGAUGUCUUGGAUCCGACCUUGGGCGGAUAGCAGGACAUAAAAGAAGUGUUGCUGCCAAGGGCUUGCGUUGGUAAAUGAGAUCCAGACAACAAGAUAACAACAUAUUUCUGUUAUUUGCACUGAAGUACUGCAUAUUGAUGUGUGUUCUUUUGCAAAAUGUGUACGCUACUGGCUCUAGAAACGUGAUUCUCAGAAAGUAGCUAAAAGUAAUUCAUUAUUUUCCUAAAUAAAAUUUCUUUUUUUUAAAAAAAAACUGACAUAUUUUAUUUUAAAGUCUGAUUUUUUGCUUUUAUUUCUAUCAAUUCCUCCCCCACCUGGUUCCAAGCCCUUAAUCAAUGGGACAAGAAAAACAUGUCUGUGAGACAAACAUUGGUUGUAUUAGCCCAGCACAACAGAUCACACAGCCAAACUUUAGCUUAGUGUGUUCUGUAGUCCCAUCCUUUGCAGUUAUUGAAUUAAUUCUGAAACUGAUUCACCACGGAUGUCUGGCAUGAACGCAGCCACAGGUUUACACUGAUCAUAUUUUAUUUUUAUUUAUAUCCUACCUUUAUUAUAUUUUUAUAAACAUAUCUAACACUCCUAUUUUCCCCACAACAACAAUCACAACCUUGUGAGGUAAGCUCGGCUGAAACAGUAUGAAUGAUCCAAGGUUAUCCAACCCGCUUUCGUGGCUAAGGUGGGACUAGAAUUCACAGUCUCCUAGUUUCUAGCCUGAUGCCUUAAUUACUAGUCCUACCUGCCUCUCAUAAUUAGCAGGUGCCUUUUUGUUUCUUUAUUCAAUGUUAGUUAUUAGUGUAAGGUGGGGAUGGGAGGCAAGCAGGACUUCAGGAGUUGAGAAAGAAAUAUUAAUUCUUUGUUCUUUUCCUAGUCUGGGUUUAGAACUCCCUAGGUAUCCUGUUAAGUUAUUUAAUAGCUGGAACAGUAAAGUGUAUAAUGGGCCAGAACACAUAGUUGUAGUUGAUUAGUUGGAGAGUGUAGGCUCCUGCCCGAGGGCCGUGGUGGCUCAAGGCUGUAAGAAGCCUGUUAUUAAAACCAGCUGCCUGCAAUUACUGCAGGUUCUAGUCCCACCAGGUCCAAGGUUGACUCAGCCUUCCAUCCUUUAUAAGGUAGGUAAAAUGAGGACCCAGAUUGUUGGGGGGGCAAUAAGUUGACUUUGUAAAUAUACAAAUAGAAUGAGACUAUUGCCUUACACACUGUAAGCCGCCCUGAGUCUUCGGAGAAGGGCGGGAUAAAAAUGUAAAAAAAAAAAAAAACCUACAUUAUGAUUGGUUGCUGGGUGUAAAGGGAGAGUUUCCUUUUUUUCCUGCCUUUUUCUUCUCUGUGCUCUGUAUGCUGUUCUAUGAUCUACCUGACGAUUUACCUCAUAAUGUAGUGAUGUGCCUGACUAUCUUGUUUGCUGUAAAUAGAAAUGUAAAAUAUAUUUAUUUAUAUAAAACUACAAGUUCGUGUCAGCGUCUCUGACUCCAUUUAGAUACCGACUGCGCAACUAUAGAAAAUAUGUCAUAAAAGCUACUAAUCAUAUAAUACAUAAAAGAUGCAAAUUGUACAGUCCUUUAAUUGAUUUGAAAGGAGAGUUUAACAUCUAUAUAUGAUAACACUGUGAUGCAGAAAUUAGAAGUAACAUCCAUUUACCCUGUUACAUAAAAGCACCAGAACUAUGUUUUCCCCAACUGACUUUUAGUCCCUUGAAUGUAUUAUCAGAUCUGGCAGAUGCUUGUAUUCAAUGGUAGCAUGCAUAAUCAGCACUAUGUAUAAGGCCUCUGUGUUUAUUAAUAUUAAAAUUAAAUUCUGGAUGAACAGUUUUGUUUCCAUUUAUUUAGCUGAUCUCAAAGCUAAUCUGCCAUUCUCAGGGAAGCUAGAGGCUCGGGUGGUUCUGAAUUGCUACACAUAAUAACAUAAACACAUUUUUUCUUUCAAAAGUUUUGAUAAACAAGGGAACGUGUUGUCCUUGUUUUGGAGAACAUAUUCCACUGUUAUACAAAUAUUUGUUAGCAUCAGGGGUUUAUUUCCAGUGAUUAUGAAAAUAAUUUGUCCAAAAUCAUAGGGACAAAUGCUAAUGGAAAACCCCAUGAAAUACCCCUUGGUUGGGGUUUUUUUUGUUUGUUUAUUUUAAUAGCUGGGGAAUUAUAUAAAAUGAUGCCUAAUAAAAAGUCCAGAUAGAUAGUUUGCCAGCUGGCUAGUUAUUUUGAAUUCCUUUCUUACCUUUAUAUACAGUAGGUCUGUGUAAAUCACUUCUCAAAUAUCUUUAACAGUUUGCUCCUUUCCCCCUUGAGAGACAGCCAUUGUUUUCCCAAGGUCAGCUGUAAAUUCGUUUACAAUAGUGACUGCAGUUAUCUUACCUGAUUGCAUUGGAUAUCAGAACUAUGAACUUUAUUUGGGUUAAUUAUUUUGACACAGAGUAUUAGACCCCUUCCAUCCUGGACAUGAACUGUUUCAACUCCUACCCUCAAAACGACGCUACAGAGCACAGCACACCAGAACAACUAGACACAAGAACAGUUUUUUCCCAAACGCCAUCACUCUGCUAAACAAAUAAUUCCCUCAACCCUGUCAAACUAUUUACUAAAUCUGCACUACUAUUAAUCUUCUCAUCGUUCCCGUCACCCAUCUCCUUCCACUUAUGACUGUAACUUUGUUGCUUAUAUCCUUAUGAUUUAUACUGAUAUUGUUUCCUGAUUGCUUAUUUGUACCCCAUGACUAUCAUUAAGUGUUGUAUCAUUAAGUGUUAAAUUUGUACCCUAUGACUAUCAUUAAGUGUUGUAAGCGUUGUACCUUAAUGAAGGUAUCUUUUCUUUUAUGUACACUGAGAGCAUAUGCACCAAGACAAAUUCCUUGUGUGUCCAAUCACACACUUGGCCAAUAAAAAAAUUCAA